GUGCAAUGCUUUUCGGACACAGCAGAUCACCGAUCCACGGAAAGAGCCGAAGAUGUCGGCUCGGUCAUGUGAUCAGCUGUGUCCAAUCACAGCUGAUCACAUGGGACAUGUACACUGAUGAUCAGUGUGCUCUGAUGAUCAGUGUGGCCUCAUCAGUGCCAGCUGUCAGUGCCCAUCUGAGCUGCCUUUCAGUGUCACCCAUCAAUCCCAAGCAGUGCCACCUAUCAAUGAUGCCUGUCAAUGCCCAUCAGUGCCACCUACCAGUGCCUCCUCAUUAGUGCCCAUCAGUGCAGCCUAUCAGUGCCCAUCACUGCAGCCUCAUUAGCGCACAUCAGUGAAG